CGCACAAUUUCAACACCGACAGGUGAAAUAAAACAAACUAUUUUACCAUUACCGUGCAUGCCCGAACAUGAACAAGUAAAGCGGGUAUUAGUGCCUAUAAAGCAUUAUGAAGAAAUACCAAUAUUUCAAUUGUUUGAAUCGCCAACAACUACAGCGUGAAGAAACCCGCAUGUUCGGACGUAUAUAAACAUGGUCAGAUUAACUCGCACUUUUAAAUUUAAUAUCGUAUCAGACAUUCAGAGUUAAAAUAUUUGUCACGCUAUUUAAGGCGAAUACUUUGCCUUAUGAAGAUCAGAGGGAACUGUUAAGUGUCGAUACUUGACUGGAACUAGUGAUUUUUGAGUGCUCAAUUUCAUCACGGACCUAGUUUAUAGGUCUGUGAUUUCAUAACAGAUAUUGAAGGGAAAAUAUUGGAUAUUUUAAACAAUUAUCUUCCGUCAUUCAUUUGUUUUUGCAGCAUUUUGUAAUCAAUCCGCUUUAGCACGUGUGCAGUAUUUGGCAACCACAUGUGUAUAAGUAAGCUAAAACCAAUGAGUACUAUAAACAGUGGGGCUUAAACGUGAAUUUGUAAAAUUGCAUAGUAUUCAGGUAAUAAUACACGUCAAUAUCUAUUUCGAUUUAGUAACAAUACUAGGAUGUCGCUGUUAGGAAGAUCAGUUGUGCUGUGUGUGUUCAUACUGGCAGUUUCUGCAUCAGUCACGGACAAAAUUCUGAAGAUUUCUCUGUUUGAAGUUGGUGAAUUAUGGAUAAAUUCCGUCCAUCGGUUAAACACGCGCUUCGUUGACUACGUUAUUUCCCUAUGUGACGUUUAUUCUCCGUUAUUUUACGUCGGAUUAGCGGUGCUCGCUGUGGUGGGUUAUUACCUUGGGGACAUUUUAUUCCGGCCAUACAACAGGAUAGUGACACUUGGAGAUCUGGGCUAUCUUCCCGAUGGAAAAUUCACGAAGAAAGAAAUUGCCAACAGCGUCAAGCGCCGUCGGGCCGUCGGAGAUAUACCCCCGAUAUACCCUAACGGGUGGUACGGGGUAUUAGAGAGUUGGAGACUGAAAAAUGGAGGUGUGACCACCACACACUUGAUAGGUAUCCAGCUAGCAGUGUUCAGGGACGAGAAGGGCAAUGUUCACGCUGUGGAUGCCUACUGUCCCCACAUGGGCGCAAAUCUGGGGGUCGGGGGCCGCGUCUCCGGGGACUGUAUUGAGUGCCCCUUCCACGGGUGGAAGUUCCGAGGGGAUGAUGGCAAAUGUACACACAUACCCUACAGUGAUAAAGUACCGGAAGUGGCUAAUAUCAAGUCGUACACGACCAUGGAGUUGAACGGUUGGGUGUAUAUGUGGUUCCAUGCCGAGGGGGCGGAGCCUACGUGGACGCCAAUGGAGCUAGAGGAGAUCACGUCUGGCGAGUGGCAGUACAAGGGCCGCACCGAACACUACAUCAACUCACACAUAGAGGAGAUCCCGGAGAACGGCGCGGACGUGUUCCAUCUGAUCCAGGUCCAUCAGCCGUUUAUCGCUGCAGGCUACGACUUGACGCAGAUGUGGAGCAAGUACUUCAACUGGGGCAAGCACAACUGGACCGCCUCCUGGUCCCAGAUGCCCAAGCCAGAGGAACAUAUAGGGGAGAUCAAGCUCACCCAUGACCUGUCCCUAUUUGGUAUCAGCCUACCCUUUGUGAAGCUGAACGUUCAUGCUUUCCAGAUCGGGCCGGCGAUAGUGUACCUGAAGUUUGAAAGCUUCUUCGGGCGGGGUGUGUUUAUCCAGUCACUGACGCCCACGGAGCCCUUGGUUCAGAAACUCGUCCACAACAUCUACAUCCACUGGUCUGUGCCAAACUUCAUUGCCAAGUUCUUCAUGUACGGUGAAUGUGUGCAGGUGGAGCGAGACAUCAUGAUCUGGAACAAUAAGACGUACGCAGCCAAACCAGUAUUCGCCAAAUCCAAGGAGGACAGUCUUAUUGCCCGACACCGUCGCUGGUACUCCAUGUUCUACUCCAAAAACUCCCCAAGACUCACGUUCCAGAAGAACGACAUGGACUGGUGAUCUGAGAAAUUAUCCCGUUCUGAAAACCAGUUUGUUUGUUGCUGUUUUGUCGCGAAAACAGAUGACAAUUAUGGACAUAGUAAAUGUGUGUUAGGUACCUCGGGUUUAUUUGUAGGCGUCUUAACUGCUGUAGACUUGACUGGUUUUCUUUUAGUCUAAAUAUAGCAUUGUGAAGAAUACCAUUAAAUCAAUAAUUAUUUAGGUUUACUUAAAUUCGCACAAUCAUGCUUCAUUUCAUGGCGUUCUAUUGUUGGUGCAAAUGAUUCUUUUUUCUUUGAAUGUAUGUUAAAAGCCGGCUCGAGUCUCUCGUAACAGCUUAAGUCACAUGAUAAAGCUUUACUAACCAAGACUAAGUUAGAAAUCUAACCUACUGAAAAAGCUACUUAAGUUUCUCACACAAAUAACCAUCUAAGAUUUGGGGCCCUGUCUGACUGUUGGGUAUUGUCGUGUAAAACUGUAUUUAAUAUAAUAUAUUUAUGCUUAUAUGAAAUGCGAUUUUGAUAAUCACAUUGUUUAUAAUGUAUCUAUUUAUACUCGAACACUUGUGCAAGAGGCUGUAUACGUUUUAUUCUUGUUAAUAACCUUGAAAAAUACCAGAGGACAUUUAUUUCCGUAUUGAUCACGAAUCAUGAAUGGAAAUAGUAUGUUGCUUUAAGUGUUAAUCGCCAUUGUAAAUUAUUUCCAUUGUAUUUAUUUUAGUCUUGAACGAUCCAUCUAUCUAUAACAAAACGAUUUUAGUGUGUAAAGGACGUUUAUUGUAAAUGAGUGACAAUCACAGCUUCGUUCAUAUUUCAUUAUAUUGCACGACUUGUGUGUUAGUAUUUGUUAUGUUUCUUUGUUGUUGUUUUUUCAUAAUGCAUCUUAUAUGAGGUACCCUUUUUUAAACAGUAUUUCGGAAGGGAAGAAGUUUGCUAGUUAGUACCAAAACUCAUGGUAUACCGUUGCUUCUUGUUGAGGGUGUAGAAUUAAAUAGUAUUAUAAUGGAUGUAUUGAAUAUUUAUUUACAUAUACAUGGUGCCUCUAACAUGGUGCCUAUGACAUGGGUCUAUGCCAUGGUGCCUAUGACAUGGGUCUAUGCCAUGGUGCCUAUGACAUAGCGCCUAUGACAUGGUGCCUAUAACAAGGUACCUAUGACAUGGCGAGUAUGCCAUGUUGCCUAUGACAUGGUGCUUAUGACAUGGUGCCUAUAAAAAGGUGCCUAUGACAUGGCGCCUAUGACAUGGUGCCUAUGACAAAGUGCCUAUGACAUAGUGCCUAUGACCUGGUGCCUAUGACAUAGCGCCUAUGACAUCGUGCCUAUAACCUGGUGCCUAUGACAUAGCGCCUAUGACAUGGCGCCUAUGACAUCGUGCCUAUAACCUGGUGCCUAUGACAUAGCGCCUAUGACAUCGUGCCUAUGACAUGGUGCCUAUGACAUGGGGCCUAUGACAUAGCGCCUAUGACAUCGUGCCUAUAACCUGGUGCCUAUGACAUAGCGCCUAUGACAUGGCGCCUAUGACAUCGUGCCUAUAACCUGGUGCCUAUGACAUAGCGCCUAUGACAUAGCGCCUAUGACAUCGUGCCUAUAACCUGGUGCCUAUGACAUGGUGCCUAUGACAUGGUGCCUAUGACAUAGCGCCUAUGACAUCGUGCCUAUAACCUGGUGCCUAUGACAUAGCGCCUAUGACAUGGCGCCUAUGACAUCGUGCCUAUAACCUGGUGCCUAUGACAUAGCGCCUAUGACAUCGUGCCUAUAACCUGGUGCCUAUGACAUAGCGCCUAUGACAUGGCGCCUAUGACAUCGUGCCUAUAACCUGGUGCCUAUGACAUGGGGCCUAUGACAUGGCGCCUAUAACAGAGAGCCUAUGACAUGGUGCCUUUGUUCAAUAUUUGCUCCAAAAGCUUUAUGUGAUAACAUGGCGUUCACUUCUAGGGAGGAGAUAACUAUGAACAUGUCACCAGCCAUGAUCUAACUGUAAACAUGUCACCAGCCGUAAUCUAACUGCAAUCAUGCCAACAGCCGUGAUUUAACUGUAAACAUGUCACCAGCCGUGAUCUAACUGCAAUCAUGCCAACAGCCGUGAUCUAACUGUAAACAUGUCACCAGCCAUGAUCUAACUGUACACAUGACAUCAGCCGUGAUCUAACUGUAAACAUGUCACCAGCCGUGAUCUAACUGCAAUCAUGCCAACAGCCGUGAUCUAACUAGUAACUGUAGACAUGUCACCAGCCAUGAUCUAACUGUAAAUAUGUCACCAGUCGUGAUAUAACUGUAAUCAUGCCAACAGCCGUGAUAUAACUGUAAUCAUGCCAACAGCCGUGAUCUUACUGUAAUCAUGCCAACAGCCGUGAUCUAACUGUAAACAUGUCACGAGCCGUGCUCUAAUUAUAAACAUGUCACAAGGCUUGAUCUUACUGUAAACAUGUCACCAGCCGUGAUCUAAUUGUAAACUGUAUUAGUUGCCAUCUGAAUAUCUAAACCUAAACAUGUCACUUGCUGUGAUUUUACGUAUCGUGCGCUUUCUUCCAGCUUUUAAUAACAAUAUGAAAGAUUUCUCCUAGGGGGUAUUUCCAGGGGGUAUUUCAAGGGGGUAUUUCUAACCUUUAGAUACGCGGUAUUCAAAGGCUUUUUCGAAAUUUGGCCGUACGCACACUAACACACCUGCAACACAAGACUCGGCAAGAUAAUGUUGACGCGUUCGAUAAGCAAGGUGUUGGGCGCAUUAAUUCCUAUUUUUUAUAAUAAUGCAAAUAAUAUUUUAUACAAUCAUGUAUAUACUUAAGUAUAAUUUAUGAUUUAUUGAGUUUUGAACAAAUGCUAUUCGUAUGUCGAGAUUUUUGUUUGAUAUUUUGUUAUUGUGUUUAUAUAUAAUUAAGAUAGAUUUUAGUCAUAAUUAUGUUUUGCUAUUAUGGUGGUCAUGUUUAUUUUAGACACCAUUUAUACGUUUUUCUUUGUACACUUACAUGACCAUUGUUUUAGCGAUGUAAGGCAUAUUCAUUUUGUAUACAAUGCCUUAUCAAUGCACCAGUGAACUAUUCACAUUCUAUGACGAACACCAUUGUACAUUGACCAUUAUCAUUCGGCUGUCAACUUUGAAAUGGCAGAUAUAAACUUUUGUAACUAGGAGAUUUAGAAUUCAAAAGUAGGUCACCACUAUCUGAAACUAUAGUUGAAACAAUCUUUUAUUUUGGUCAAUUAUUGUUAGGACAAUUUUAUUUUACUUUACUUUGAAGAACAUACAAAGGGGUUCUUACAAUGGCGCUAGACUUGUAUUAGAAAUUAAUUUAUUAAGUUUAAUUAUUGUUUUUAAUGGCUAUAUGUAAUGGCCAAUAGUUAUUAAUAUGCAUUUAGCAAACUCAAUGGGCCUGGAAUUGCGCAGAGACUCUUUCAAUUAAUUUGGUAAAUGAGAACUAAAAACCAUUUCACCAGCUUGGUGUUUGACAUUAUAUUUUGUCAACUGGUCCAGGUUCUUUUUCAUCUGAUUAAACUCGGUAAUGCAUGCCUAAGACUUACCCAAAUAAAUGUUCGUCAGAUUUGAAAAAUGCUGCCAUCCCAUUAUCCCAAAAUAUAAUUUCAAAUACUUAGAAAUGAACCGAUGCUAUGCCUACUCCCCUGUUUCCAAAUUGAGUAGUAGUUAAUGCAUGUAUCCGUCUAAUUGCAUCAGAGUAGUUUUCUAACAUUAUAUACUUUUAUAAAUACUUUUUGAAAACCGUUUGUCAUUUUGUUCUUAGUAAAUGUAUAUAUCAUGUUUUCCCAAAAUGAACAACUAAAAAUAAAAUCAUGAACAAUGAA